AGAUCAGAUCAGAGGCAGGAGACCAUCGCGUUGUGAGGCAUUACUGUGGGCAAACUUGGAAUCCGUGUCAUUUAUUUUUAUAUUGCAUUCAGGGGUACACAGACCUAUUUAGAAGAAAAGUAGUUACAUUAGAAAAUAAAAGAGUAAUGUCGAGCAGUGGGCUGGCAAUCAAUGUGCCGAAUUCCGAAGAAAACGCUGUCUUUACUCAGCUCAAACCAGUGACCAUGGCUGACGGAGCUUCAGAGGAGCAGCCGGUGUUUGAAGACAUCAAACCCGCCGUUCGGAUGCUGGAGAACCAGCAGGACUUGACUCAGGCCAACAUAUUUCUAGGAGAAGACAGCAUUAAAUCGUCAGGUCUACUGAAAUCACAUUUACUUCAGUUGCUACAAACAACUACAUCUUCCCCAAGUCAAGUAAGAUCGGAAAUGGACAAGUAUCUAGCCCCACUGAUUCCACCAGCUUCAACAGUUCUUGACCAGAAGAAAUAUCGAAGAGAAAGUGCCUCAGUGGUAGAUGAGUUUUUUGAGGAGCAGAUAACAUCACCAUACAGCUUGAAUAUCAACCUGAUCCUGCCUGAUAUCACCCACUUGAGAACAGGCCUUUACAGACCGACAAAGCAAGCUCUCCCACAAGUCAAGACAGAGCCAGUCACUAACUUCACCCAGUCAUGCACGUCCACUACGACGCAUGCCCUCCCUGAAUUCACCAGUGUGUUCAGUGUGCCACAGUCUGUUCCUGUGAAUAAUAUCUUCAUCAAGCAGGAAGCCUCUUCCCCUGAGCUACAACUGCCUGUCAGUUCACAUCAGCCCCAACUGUAUCAGAUGCCAAUUAACACAGAUGUUGUCAACAUGCCUUUGAGCUCUACCCAGUCACUUGGCAACACUACAGUUAUUCACAGUUGUAACAAUGUUACCAUGUCAACAGGCAUGGCUGGAGCAACCAGCCUGUCUACCCAGUCGGCAAUUAAACACUUUCAGCCUGUUGUAUCAUCACCAAACAACUUUGUUGUGCCAGCUCAGUUUUAUCAGCAGCAAACUUCAUAUCUGCCGCCAUCGCCUCCAAAUUCCCAACCUGGUAGCCCAGAAAACCAGCCUGACCUUAUCAAUACACUCUCACCACCUCCAUCAUAUGCUGCAUCAGUAGCAUCAAAGAUUGUUCAUCAUCCACAAAUGCAUAGUCUUCAGACCACCAUGCAGGCCUGUCAACCUGGCUUCCAGACAACAAAAUACAGUCGACGUAACAACCCUGAGUUGGAGAAGAGACGGAUUCAUCAUUGUGACUUCCCAGGCUGCACCAAAGUUUACACAAAGAGUUCUCAUUUGAAAGCGCAUCAAAGGACCCACACAGGUGAGAAGCCAUACAAAUGUACAUGGGAUGCUUGUGAUUGGCGCUUUGCCCGUUCUGAUGAACUCACAAGACACUACAGAAAGCACACAGGAGCAAAACCCUUCAAAUGCAUUGCCUGCGGUCGCUGCUUUUCACGUUCAGAUCAUUUGGCGCUCCACAUGAAGAGACACCAGAACUAGGUGAAAACCUGUUGCCCAGACAAUGAGUGUGACUGAUUUUGAAAAUGUACAAAUGAACAAAGUACUGCCACUAUUCCCACACAUACAUACUUACAUACAAACACAUCAACAGAAGAGAAAUAGUUUUUGAGAGGAUAUAUUGUUGAGAAAAAAAACAGUUGGUUACCUGGAAAUCAAUUAUACAAAGCUUCUAAUUUGCAAAAAAAGAAAUAAUUUUGUAUUAUUUAUUUUUUAUUUCCUGAAAAAAGCCUUCUACGCCUGAUAGAUUGUCUAGAAAUCAUUAGCAUGUUAAGAAAAUAAAUUAAUCAUCAGCAAUACUCAGAUAUUCAUUCUACAAAUAAUAAACUUGGAGUUUAAUUAACACCAGUACUUAAAUCAUUUUUUUAAUUAAAGAACAAGACAGCACCAAGUUCAACGUGAUAGCUUGAAAGUGACUGAAAGCAGACUAAUUAUACAAAUAACAUUUUGAUCUUAUUCUUCUCCAUGUUCGUCAACAGAAGGUUAUCUUGUUUGUUUUAAAUAAGCUAGCACCUGGUGAAGAGAGAAAUCUGAUAUGAACAUAUAACAGAGUUUGGUCAGCCAUCCUGCUCUCCCUCGAAAAUCAGUCUCAGUUGAUGGUAGCAUCAUUUUGAGAAUCAGCACUACAGAGUUGGAGCAAUAUACUGUAUUUGGCCUGCACUUCUAUCUCAAGGAGCACAAUAUUGCUGAAUUUACUUUUAUGCAUUAAUACAUUUAGCAUAUAUGUAUUAACAUUUCUAUUGUGACAUCAUUCACAAUCAUUUCUCCCCUUAUAUUGGACAAAACAAUGAUUUCAAGCUUUUGAGAAAGUAGGUAGAAUCAGAUGCAACUAACAAGUUCAAAAGAAAAGCAAUUCAUGUUAGCCUGCAGCAUGAAUAAUGCCUAAAAUAGUAAAAUCCUGAACUGCAGCAUAAGCUGAUUUAGGAAUGCUUCCCAUUUCAACUGUGCAUUCAGUCAAGAGUUUUGAAAAGCAGUAUGUAUCAUUCUGACUUUCUUGUGCAUCCUAAAAUUCCAUACUCAUUUUUUAGUUAAAACAAAUUAAAUGUAGCUGUCUUACAAUGAUCAGCUAUUGUGAAGCAAUUAUAAUUAAAGCUGAGAAAAAAUGAAAAGAAAUUUGCAAUUUAACUCUUGAAUUAAAUUGAAGUGAACAUAACCUCAGUAUCCUGUGCCAAGAGUUCCAGCUUGAAAUAUGCCAUUACUCUUGUUAUUAUCCUGAUGUAUAUAAAUUGCUAAAUAUUAAUUUCAUUGAUGAAAGGCAUUUGAAUGUAAACAAUUUGCGUAAAGACAUGUUUUUGGUAAUCACCAUUGUGAAGAAGAUUCAUUUUUAGAAAGUUCUGGAUAUAAUGCACGGUAGAAAAAAUGUUAUAAUCAACCAUUGUCAUUGGUUAUCCCAACUGUUGUAACUGGUGAGCAUAAGCAUUACUGCUCGUUAUUUUUAAGAUUAUCUAUUUAAAAUAACUUUCAUCACCUGAUUUGGAUUAAGGUUGAUCUGACCUUGUUUUUAAAAUCCCAGUGUACUAAUUCAGCUAGUUUCCAUAAGCACUAGCUAGCAACUGUGAAGUUUUAUGAAGAAAUUGAACUUAGUAACCAACAAUGUUAAAUACAUUUCCAUAUAUAAUCUUAGUAUUACUUAACAUGGUGAUAAUGGAUACUCUUCUUAAUGUUGCUGAUAAAUGUUUAAACUUAUGUCUCAGCAAUUCAUUGCAAGACAGUUUCCAAAAUUAGUGGAAGGAAUCAUAAAAUCUUUAUUAUUUUUGAACAAUUUGUAUAAAUACUGAAGACAACAGAUAAGUAAAUUGAAAAGUGAAUUAAUGACAUGCUCCAAUCACAGUCCAUGAAAGAUAUACAUAUUAAAUUAUGGGUAUAAGUGUAUGAAUACACUGCAGUCAUCAAAGUCUAUCUGAAAAUGCAAAGACUUGAACUGAGGCCUCUCAGGAACUAGGUUAUUCAGAUUUAAUUUGGGGGGUGUCGGAGAUCUUGCCAGCUACAAGGCGGAAGCAGCUCAGGAAAGUCAGGCUUGAUGUUUGGUCAACAAUUAUCAAUCUGGAUAUUUGCUAUGUUUGGCUGCAAAAGAGGAAAGAAAUCUCAGCUAUAUUAUAAUCAUAAGCAAGUAAUAUGUCCUAGAAAUUGCCUGUUUGGGUAAUGAUGCAUGCGACCAUUAGUCCCAGCCCUCAUUUAUUGUAUAGGUUCACAACUAUCCAACAUCCCAAUGCGGGUUAUCACUUUCAGGAAAGGAAGGGAGAGAAUUGGAUCGGUUCUUAACAAUGACAUCCACAAAUUCUCCGAAGUGAAUUUUACCAAUUUGGUUGAAUCUUGGGGAGAAAGUGAUUCAGUAAAAAUUUUAAAUGCAAUGUUAACAAGAUUGAUAGCAGUGAUUAUUGUCCUCACCUUGGACCAUUCUGGCUGACAAUCAAGGAGGUAGCAUGGAUAAGAUGAUCUAACUUUUUGAAAGAGAAUAGGGCAUUAAAAAUACCCUAAACUACCAAAAGACAUUAAAAAAACUUGAUUCUGUAGAUACUUAAUUAAAAAAUAAUCGGUUAACUAAAUUUACAUUAAUUUCAAAGUUGCACAAGAAGCUUGCAGCAGAAUUAACUUUGAUGGGAGAUUCAGUGUGGGGUUGUAUACUAUUGGAUGGGAAGUUUACACUAAACUUGUGGCUCAUAACGUUUUUAAUUAUACGUUAGUUUUCUAUCAAGUGCCCUAAGAAACAUUGGUAUGUAAAUACAGGGAUAUCUAGUGAUGUAUAUAAUUUUUAUAAGACGUUAAAGUAAUGUUUAUAUUCUGAACAAAGGGGAAGACAAUGGUGGUAGUUUUGCUUUGGUUUGUUUUAAAUGUAUCAGUUAUUUUUUUAAAGUAGUGUUUCACAAAUCUGAAGAAAAAAUCAAUAUGAAUGUUUAAAACAAAAAUUUUUCAAUAUACAGUGAUUUAGGAUUUUGUUAAAAGCUGUACUGUAAAAUAAGAGAAAAUGAACAAAAUAAAAUGAUGAAACAUUA